CCAUGACAACUCCCCUGAAAGUCAUCAUCGCUGGCGGUGGUAUUGCCGGCCUCACACUUGCAAAUGCUCUCGAGCAAGCCAAAGUCGACUAUAUCCUUCUCGAGCGGCGCAACGAGAUAGCACCUCAGGUUGGUGCAUCCAUCGGCAUUUUAGCCAAUGGGUGUAGAGUUAGUCAAUCAGCUUCGAGUCUCAAUUGCGAUGAACUGACCAUCUGCAGAUCUNUGGACCAGCUUGGCUGUACCGACACACUCUACACAUACAUAAGUAGGNAACCAAUCAAAUGGGCCCACGAUCGUGAUGAGCAUGGUCGACCGUUGGCAAAAGCUUCAAGUGUUUCUCAGCUCAUGAAGGCUCGAAGCGGUUACCCUUUCGCGUUUACCGAUCGACAGUAUGUUCUCGAAACCUUGUACAACAAUCUCAAAGACAAGAGCAAGGUUCUGGUCGGCAAGAAUCUCACUACGGUCCGUCAGCAUGCAAGCGGAGUGACAGUCAUCUGUGAGGACGGUACUUCUUAUACAGGAGACGUACUCGCUGCCGCGGACGGUGUCAACUCGAAAGCGAAGAGCGAAAUGUGGCGCCUUGCAGAUGAGGUUGACCCCGAGCUCGUAAAGAAGGACAAGACCUGUAAGAUGAGAGUGGUUCAUCGCUUGAGUAAUGCUGACUCACUUUGCAGCUNNCUCGAAAGCAAGUACCAAUGUCUCUACGGUAUUGCUUCCUCAUCAUGCGGUCUACCUGCCGGCGAGAUUGAGGUGGGCUUCAACNAAAAGCGCAGCACGAUAGCGAUCGCUGGCAAAAAUGAUCGAACAUACUACUUUGUCUUCGAGCAGAUGAACAAGACUUACAAACCUCCUCAUAUCCCCAAGUAUACCGAAGCCGAAAGGGAUGAGUUUGCGAAGCGUCACAGCGACAUGAAGGUCACCGAAAAGAUUCUCAUUGGAGACAUUCAUGAGAACAGUGUAUCAAGCACGCUAGUCGGUAUCGAGACUGCCCAUUACAAGAUCUGGACUUGGGGCCGCAUAGCAUGCCUCGGCGAUUCUGCACACAAAAUGACUCCGAAUGCUGGUUUCGGUGGUAAUUCCGCGAUCGAGAGUGCUGCCGCACUUGCCAACUCAAUCAAGAAGCUCUCAGACAAGUCAGACGGACAACGCCCGUCUGAGCAACAAAUCAUCGCAUGCCUUCAGGACUACCAGAAGAGUCGCGAAGUACGAGCUGCUGCCGCAAUCGAAAUGUCAAACUUCCUUACUCAUUGCCAAGCGCUUGCGACAUGGGCUCAUACCCUUNUUGCUCGGUAUGGCCUUCGCAUCUUGGGUGACUUCUUCGAAGGUCUUCAGAGCGACAUGUCUGUCGGAGCAACACUGAUCGAUUACCUUCCUCCACCUGAGGCUUCUCUGUCGGUCAACAUGCCAUUCAAUCCUGUGCAAGGUCAAGGCUACAAAGAAAGUCUUCCACUUCGAGCUUUCUUUGCAUUGCCAUUCCUCGUUCUUUCCGCUUGUGCUUGGAGACUUGCCAUUCCUACUCUGCCUUCAGACUCAGCAAGUAUGAACGGUUCUGCUUGGUUCGACAACGUAUUCAUGCCUUCGUCGUUGACGGGCAAUGUACUGGGCUUCGGUGGACAGAACAAUAGGACUUCAAUGUUGCAGGAUGUGUUCGCGGCUGCUUCUACCGACGCUGAUUCUGCUGCCGGUGUCCGUACUGCUAACUUCCUCGCGUACUUUGGUGUCGUUCUUGCCGUCUGGUCUCUCGAGGCCGUCCGCCGCUGUAAUGCUCUGAUGCCCGUGCAACUGCAAAGGAACGGCCUGGGCAUGAUUGCACCCUUGUACUACUUUGUCCACUGGGUACUGUCUCCCAUCGACUCGUUCAAGUCCACUGAUAUGCGAUUGACCAAUCUACACUUUACGCGUGCCAUUCUUCCAUCGCUCGCACUCGUCUACUAUCUUCCUUUGAUCCAGAGCUACCUUUUGCCCGAGGCCGGUCAGCGACAAACAUGGUUGCAGCUUUGGCAAUUGUUCCCUGUUACACACUCGCUUGCUCAAUUCGCCAUCAGUAAGAUCUGGAAGGAUACGAGUGAUCAUGAUAAGAUCCAUGCGCCAAAACGAGAUGUUUCGACUAUUAGGUAUACCAUUGGUAUUCCGGCUCUCGUUUCCACCAUCGUCUGGCUACGUACCGUUUUCACCGCUUCUGGGCCUCUAUCUCAGAUCUUCCUGCCGCAACACAUCCCCACCUUCCUCAACGACAUCCAAACCUCCGCUGCCGACGUCAUGCAAUGGAACUACCUCUUCGCCAUCCCAUCUACAUAUCUCUGGCUGCUGUACUUUGCCUGGGAUGCCAAAGCUGCUGGUAUGAUUACUCAGAGCUGGAUCACUCUGCUUGUUGCUGCUGCUGCGGCGGCAGUUGUGCUUGGGCCUGGUGGGGCGGUUGGUGCGGGCUUUUUGUAUAGGGAGUAUAUUAUUACGGAGAAGAGACAUAAAGGUGCUUUGACGGUGGAGAGGGUGAGGAGGAGAGCUGCGGGUGGGAAGAGCGAGGUGGCUGAACCA